GUCAGUAAUGGAAAGUGAGUUGGGAAAAAUAAGGAAAGAGGCAACAGAAUUACGGAAUGAGAUUCACAUCCAGAGUAACUCAUCUCAAAACACUAGCACUCUUGUGCUUUCUCUGAAGCAACAACAUGAGCAUCUCUUACAACAGCUAGAUUUGCUGGGUGCCGGCUUAGCAAAAAUUGAAGGAUCAUCCGAGGUGGAUCAUGAACAGUUAGAAGCCCAUCAACAGAAGUACAGCGAACAGCUGUUUAACCUCAGAGAGAAUAUUGAACACCUGAGUGGUCAGCUGAAGGAAUUACAGAAUGACCAUACCACCUUAGCUACAGAAGUCAAGAGCUGUUGUAAGAAUGCUGGUAUUACCCUGGCUGAUGUCGAGAAGCACAUAACUAUGUUACUAGGAGACAUCCUGGGUCUGCCAGAGUCAUCCACUAUCCAUGCUACAGGAAAAACUUCUGGUGGUCCAGUGUUAUGGAGUGCCAGAGAUGGAGCUUGGCUUAAAAGCUAUUUUGUUGCCAAAGAUGAACUGGAAACAAGACUUAAUGGUUUGAUGACAACAUUGCAAGCAAAGACUAUUUCAGGUCAAAGUCAGGAGGACAGAGCAGCAGUGGUAGCUACUCAAGCAGCUGUUGCGCAGACGACACAACUCGUAAUGGAAACUGUUUUGGAGAAACUACGUUCAGAGAUCCAAAAGCAGCAUGCAGACUUCUUAGAAAUAUCAAAACAGCAGGUGGCUGAGCAGGUUGAGGUAGCAGCCAUUGUGUUAGAGCAGAAGGUGUCAGAACAGCUGGAGAUUCAACUUCACACAUCCAAACAGCAAUUACAUGACAUUGUUAAUGCUGCUGUCAAGCAAGUUGUGCCAGUGUUUAUUGCUUCAGCAGUUUCAGAAGCUGUGGCUACUGCUGUUCCUGAUUAUGUUGCUGCAGCAGUUCCUGAAGCUGUUGCAAAAGCAGUAACAGGUGCUGUGAGUAUGGCAAUGGAAGGUGCUGUAGACACAGCUGUUGAUAAAGCAGUUGAUACUGUUGUUACUGAUGCUGUCGCUCAUGCUAUUCCUGAUGCAGUAGAAGUAGCUAUAUCAGAUGCCAUAGCUGAUGCUGUGCCCAAGGCUGUUGAAACUGCACUACCUAAAGUUGUAUCAGAGGCCUUGGUAAUUGCUGUAAAUGAUGCAGUUAAAAAGACUGUAAGUGCAGAAAUACAAGAUUUUGUUGCAGUUGCUGCACAAGAGGCAGUUGCAUCAGUCUUACCAUCUGCUGUUUCCACUGCAGUGAAUGAGACAGUAUCAAUAGCUGUUGCAGAAGCUGUUGCGGAAGUCGAGGCAAGUAAGGCAGGUGAUCAGCAUUCAAAGGUAAGGAUUGGAAUUGCUAGCAGGGGUCUCUCCACCUCUACCAGUAGUGGUGAUGCUUCUCUUUUUGCCACUGUAAACCUCUCCAAGAAUAAUAAUGGUUCCACAUAUUCCUCUGUUUCAACUGGAAUGCCUUUUAUUACUGGACUGAACGAAUCUGCUGUGAUUCAGAUUGUGAAAGAUGCCCUCAUGAAAUACGAUGCAGACAAGACUGGUAUGGUAGAUCAUGCUCUAGAAAGUGCUGGUGGAAACAUAAUUUCUACUCGCUGCACUGAGAGUUAUCAGGUUCACCAAGCAGAAGUCAUGAUUUUGGGUUUUCCAGUUUACCGUUAUUCUACAAACAAUCCUCGCACUAUUAUUCAGCCUGACAGAAUGCCAGGUCAGUGCUGGGCUUUUAAGGGAUCUCAAGGAUACAUUGUAAUUCAGUUGGCUGGCCUUGUGAAACCAACAGCUUUCAGUCUUGAACAUAUCCCAAAAUCUUUGUCACCCACUGGAGAAAUUGACUCUGCUCCACGAGAAUUUGAAGUUUGGGGCCUUUUAUCUGAGAAUGACGAAGGUAUUCAACUUGGGAGCUAUGAAUACAGCCAAAAUGGAGAACCACUUCAGUCCUUCAUUGUGGAGAAAGAAAUUGAUGAAUAUUUUCCUAUUGUUGAGUUGAAAAUAAACAGUAACCAUGGUAAUAUGCAUUAUACUUGCCUUUACAGGUUCAGAGUUCAUGGUGUACGACACUUGUAAAUUCACAAAACUCUUGAUCUCAGGCAUUACUCAUGAAUAAGUGAUGAUACUCCCAAGUGCUAUUAAUUUUAGUGACUGGUGGCCUUACAUUCUCAUAUCUUGAGUGUUGGCUAGUAAUAGUCUGCCUAUAAUUAUUUGCAAACAAAGAAAAAAGGAUUUAGUUGACAUUUAAAGUCAGAACAGUGCAAUUUCUUUGUUCACUUGCCCUGACUGUUAUUGUAGGUCAUGAGCAAGUCUAUAAAUAAUGAAAUGUAAUUGCAGAUGAAAAUAUUUUAAUGUAUGAAUUGUUUAUUUUAUAAAAUGUGUAAGUAUGAAACUCAAAUUUUGCAAAUGUAAGCCUAAGUGUUGAGAAUACAGUAUACAAGAGUACCUGCUGUUGUAACUCAGAGGAUGGUGUCCCUGAAAAGUGUGGCAGGAUUUCCUUGUUAAAUGCUUCUCAUUAAGACAAAUGUUUGAAUUAUUUUAUUCAAGAAAAUGUUUUGAGAUUUGUCCUCUUAGAUUUCAUAUGCUAUUCAUCUUGGCAAGCAAUGGGAAUAAAAUUUAUUUUGAUUAGGUGACAAUAAUUCCAUGAAAGUUUUCAUCUUUUGAUUGAACUCCUAAUAUUUUCCUUAAAUUUAUUUAGAUAUGGCUUUAUUUUAAUGAUUCAGUACUGAAUAGCUUUUGUAAAUUCUGGUGUGCAUUUACAAAAAAAAAAAAAAUCAACAUUAGUAAUCGGUCCCCGCUUUACGAAAGUUUGCAUUAUAAAAUUUUGCUCAUUGGAACUUGUAUAAUGAAGUGCUUACCUUCUGCUUGGCAUGUCACCCAAAUGCGAACUCUUGUUUGACAUCCUUUCAGAACUUACACAUAGAUAUAUGAAUGCAGCAUUCCCCAGUCAGUUUGCCUUACACUCUGCUGUUUUGUACAUCUUAUAAAAUGUUUUAUAUUUUUACCAGUUUUGUGGUAUAACUUCAUGGCUGUUAUGAAGAAAGCUUUAGAAUUAGUGAUGGUGCUACUGUAAAAAAAAAAAUGUUCUAUGAAAUGUCUCGUAUUUAAAACGGAAGCUGAAAUAAUGAAACUUGGUGAUGGUAGUAUAUGAAAUCAUGAUAUCUGCCAAAAGUUUAUCUCUAGUGGUUAUUAUAUCAUUUUGUGCCCAAUGUUUGUGUGUUUUCUUUCUGGCAAUAAAAUAGACAGCUAUGGGUAAUAGCAUUUUGCUUCAUAAACGCCAAGAAUGUAAAAAUUCGUAAGAGCGGGGACUGUUGUACAUAUAUAUUUAUACUGUAUAUUUUUUUAUUUAAAUAUAGACAAAUGGUGCUUUAUACAGCCUUCUAAAGAAAUCAGUAUGUCUUGCAUAGUUUUUUCAUUACUGGCGGUUCAGAUUCCAAUUUUACGUAUUUUGGUGUCUGGAGUUUUUUUUUUUUUCCACUAGUAAAGAUGAUGGGUUUUAGUCUUAAUUUUAGUGAAGGUUCCAUAGGUUGUCAAACUAUACUAUUAUGUUGCCAAAGGUUGCUUGUAAUUGUGCCAUUUGCAAGUCACACAACAUUUGCCUGUUUUAGAGGCUUGGACAUGUAGCAGUUUGCAUUCUCAAAGGAAUAAAUUGUGACCCAAAGAUUUGUAGAUAGCUAAAGUACUGUAUUUUAUAAGAUUUUUUAUGAGGUACAAAAAAGAAUUGGUGGUAGGAUGCAUAAGUAGGUGUAUGUACUUAUUUUGUACAGAUCUUGGACAUAACUUGCAGAAAUAACUUUUGUACAUUUUUAAGACACAUGACAUAGAUAAUAUAUGACUGAAGAAAUAGCUCUUGUGUUUGCACAUAAUUGGCUGCAGCCAGACCUGCCUUUUUCCUUUCAUGCUUUCAGAGUAUGAUUAUUUGCUAGUCUUCAUUUCUUUAUCAGCUAGGAUGAACUAAUAAACAGUAACCUUUUAA